AUGGAUUACCAGAAUCGCGCAGGCUCCAAAUUUGGAGGCGGUGGUGUCGCAUCACAGUCCGCGACGAAUGCCGACCGACGAGAGCGUCUCCGAAAGCUCGCACUCGAGACCAUCGACCUUGACAAGGACCCGUACUUCUUCAAGAACCACGUCGGCAGCUUCGAGUGCCGUCUCUGUUUGACGGUCCACCAGAACGAUGGAUCCUAUCUCGCGCAUACACAAGGAAGGAAGCAUCAGACAAACCUGGCACGUCGUGCGGCGAAGGAGCAGAGAGAAGGCAAAAGAGAUGAUGUGGGCCAGCAAGGACUCCUCGCGGGUGUACUGCCCAAGAAGAACGUCAUCAAGAUCGGUCGGCCUGGAUACCGCAUUACAAAAGUACGCGACCCGAACACACGCCAAAAUGGCUUGUUGUUCCAGUUCCAGUUCCCGGACCUCACCCCCGGCAUCACUCCCAAGGUCCGUGUCAUGAGCGCAUACGAGCAGAAGGUGGAAGAGCCCGACCCAAACUACCAGUACCUCAUUGUUGCUGGUGAGCCUUACGAGACGGUCGCGGUGAAGCUACAAUCUCGCGACAUCGACAGACGGGAGGGCAAGUUCUGGUUCUGGUUCGACGAAGACGCCAAGGAAUUCUGGUGCCAGAUUCUCUUUAAGACUGAGCGUGACGAACGCUUCAGCGCAGUACCAGGUCUUGCUCCCGGACGAUAG